UUUCUCUUAGCGCCUUUCUUUUAUUUUCAGGGUCAAUCACCGAAGUGAGCGUCCAAGUCACUCGCCGGUCCACAGAGCCCAGAAUCGAGUUCGUUGAGGGAAGCAGGCCACCCAGAGUGCGCAAAAUGAGCUUCGACUCCUAUUUGUAUGGGCGUGUCUACGUUGGCGAUGAGAUCAUCCGACUGAAUGAUGAGGAAAUAACAACAGCUGAGGACUUCUACCGGAUCGUGGGAGUAAGCAUCAGAGAACCUGAGAAAUUAAAAAUCCAGGUUCGUCGUGACACUUUCUACAGGAUCACAAUCAGGAAGUUAGAGGGAGAAUAUCAAGGCAAAGAUGAAUGGGAGCUGUUCGAUUUCGAGAUUAAAUGGCGGCGAGGCGGUAUGCCUCUUGGGGUGAACAUGAGAGAAGUUCAGGAUAAUGUCACAAUCUGCGGCACUGAGGCUGGAUCAAUUGCCGAUGGUAACUUUCAUUAUGGGGACGUAAUAACGCGUGUGAAUGGCAAAAAGGUGGAUGACACUAAGAGCGUAAAAUCUGCAAUACUUGAAGGAAUAAACAACAACAACCUAACCAUCAGAGUAGCGCGCCCGAUUCCAAAGGUUAGCUCUGAUAGUCUUCCAGCCGAUGUGACAAGGAUCAUCCAGAAAAACAUGAAUUUCCACCGACACAACCACAAAUAUUCUGCAGUCAUCACAUCAGCUGAACGUGAUGCUCCAACAUCAUUUAUUGGUCGCAUAACAGGACGUGGUGGAUCAUCUCAGAGAUCUUCUCGUCGUUCAAGUCCAGAAGGUCAGUUUAGUCCGGCUAAUUAA